CGUACUCUAUCCUAUUUUAAGCUGAGAAUUUGGAGGAACAUAUCUUCAUUCAUAGGUCAUUACCAAACAACUAAGGUAGAGUUUCCAAACUUGAAGAAGUUAUCCAUUGAUGGCCUAGCAAAGUUGACGACGAUAUGGAACAAUCAACUUUCUCUAGAGAGUUCAAAAAAUAUAGAGACAAUUGAAAUUGUUUUGUGUGACAGUUUGAAAAGUAUUUUCCCAGUUUCAAUGGCUAGAAAUCUCAAGCAAUUAAAAAGGCUGAUAGUUAAGAGUUGUGGAGUGCAAGAUAUUGUUGCAAGAGAGGAGGGACUUCAAAUAACACCUAAGUUUGUGUUUCCAAAAGUAACACAAGUGAUUUUUAGAAAUUUGUCCAACCUCAUGAAUUUCUAUCCGGAGAUGCAUGUGUCAAGCUGGUCGUCACUCAAUGAGUUGUGGGUGGUACAAUGUGCUAAAGUCAACAUGUUUCUCAAGGAAAUCUCAAGCUUUCAAGGAUAUAGUGAGCCAGAACGUCUCAAUGUUCUUAUCCCACAGUCUCUCUUUUCAAUUGAGAAGGAUUCAUUACCCAAUUUGGAAUGGUUGGCCGUGAAUGCAAUGGAGUUUUCAAAUGGUCCACUCCCAGCAGCAGCGCAAUUGUUUAGCAACCUAAAGCAACUUGAAGUUUGGUGUCCAGAGUCCAAGUCAGUUGUUUUCCUUGACAAAUUACUCGUCCCAGAAGGCAACAUCAGUAGUAGUGCAGUUGGGACCCAGCAGCAGCAGCAACUCACACAUUUCAAAAAGUUGAGGCUUGUUCGAAUGUACAAGCUGAUGCAUUUAGGCCAAGAUGAUGAGGAGGACAACUCACAAUCAGCCCCCCCCCCCCCCCCCCCCGCAUCCCAAAUUUUCUGA